CCAGGCUGGGCGCGCGCGCCCCCGCUUGCCCGCGCGUGCGCGCUUGCUGUCGCCAUGGGGGGCGGCCAGCGGCCGCCGUGGCGGCAUGGCCAGGCGCCGCAGCAGCAGCCGCCGCGGCAGCUGCUGCGGCCCAGCACUGCGGCAGGCAGCGGUGCAGCACCCGCCAGCGCCAUCUGGAAGGCGCGCGCCGCGUGGAAGCGCCCUGCGGAGGCGGCCGGUGCCGGCGGGCCGCCGCAGAAGAAGAUCAGGGCCGUCGCGCCGCAGGCGUGGGGGGCCGCUGCCGCCAAGCGCUGGGCGGGCGGCAUGGUGCCGAAGGCAAAGGCUACCCCAGCGCAGAAGCAGCAGGCGGCGGCUUGGCAGAGCAGUAAGAGCGGCAAGAUCAGCAAGUGGGGCUCCAAGGCCUGGGGGGGCGGCGGCGGCGCUUCGAGCUGGGGCGGCGGUGGCGGGAAGAAGCAGCACGGCUGGGGCGGCGGCGGGCAGCAGAAGCUGUCCAAGUGGGCCAGCAAGGGCCAGAGCUCCAAGGGCGCCAAGCAGCAGAUAGCCUCGGCGCUGAAGAUCGCCAACCUCGCGGGCGCCCUUGGAGCCGCCAAGAGGGCGGCAGCGGUCAGGGCUACCGCGGGGGCGGCGGGCGAAGCACUGCCCAAGCUGCUAGAGCUGGCGGCGAGGAAGCACGGUCUCACCCAGUACUGCGAGGUUAUGGCCCUCCUGGUGCAGCUCGAUGCGCGCGUCGACGUGGUGACGCUGACGCGGCUGCUUGUGCUGCUGACGGCGCGGGUACCCGUGCCCACCGGCAUGGUGCGGCUCACGCUGAACCUAGCCGUGCCCGCCGAUGGACAGGUAGUCCCAGUCGUGCCCGAGGGAGCCACCGAGGAGGAGCAGCAGGCCGUGCUGGAGGACGGCGAGCCACCCGCCGCUGCCGGAGAGGGUGGCCGGCCAGGCCAGUGGCUGACGCCGCCCGUGGCGCUGCCAUCCGCGCCCGCCAAGGAGGCAGGGCCUCGUGCGCCCGUGAAGGACGCCGCGGAGGCGAGGGAGGCGCACCUGGCGCUCGGCAGGGUGAAGCCCGAGGCGCUGCGCGGGCGCCUGGCGGCGCGCGACGGGCGGACCGCCGCGUACUUCGGCCACUUCGUCACGCUGCUGCACCUCGAGGCGCUGGUGGAGCUCCAGGGGCUCAAGCGGCGCCUGCAGAGGCCCGUCGAGGACCUGGAGCGCUUCGGCCACACGAUCCGGGCCCUGCGCGCGCAGGACUGCACCGUCAAGGCGACCAGCAAGACGAAGGGGGGCGGGCUGCCGGGGAAGGAGGGGAGCACGAAGAAGACGCGGGUCGCUCUGGUGCUGGCCCCCGGCACGGACGCGGGGCGGGUGCGCCUCCGACCCGGGGACUCGGUGCUGCUCUCGCGCAGCGACCCCAUGAAGGAUUUGGUCGGCGAGGGCCUCGUGGAGGAGGCGCCCGCGGCCGAGGAGGACGGGGGCGGCGCCGCCGAGAAGGGCGGCAAAGGCAAGAGCAAGGGCAAGGCGCAGCAGGAGCGCAUCGUCCUCACGCUCGACGGCGGCCUGGACACCGCCAAGACCAUGGAGGGCACCUGGCGGAUCGACAAGGGCGCGAACCGCACAGCCUACGAGCGGCAGUUCCAGGCGCUGGUCAAGAUGGCCAUCGCCAAGGAGGAGAAGCGCUUCCCGAUCUGGAAUCUGCUGUCCCUGACCGGCGUCGGGGGCUCGAAUGUGGACGGCUGGGCCGCGAGGAUGCGGCAGAUGGUGGACGAUAGGCAGGAGGCCUCGCUGGAGGCGGCCGACCACGGCGGCACCGGCAGGGCGCCGCAGGCGCUCAGCAAGCGCGCAGCUGCGGCGGUGGACCCGCGCCUCUCGGCCGAGCUGGAGGCGGCGGGUGUCGACCCCGCCGCCGCAGCGGAGCUCAGGCGGCUGGCCGCCGAGGAGCCCACGCCACCGGGCGGCUCGCUGCAGUAUUUGCAGCGCCUGCGCGGGGAGCUACAGCGGCCCGACGGCGCGGACACGAACCUGAACCCCUCGCAGCGCGAUGCCGUCGCCGCUGCGUUGGGGCGGCGCCUGACGCUGGUGCAGGGCCCGCCUGGCACCGGGAAGACCACCGUGUCGGUCCAGUUGCUGCGCCUUUGGGCCACGAGACUCUGGGUGAAGCCGUUGCUCGCCACCUCUGACAGCAACAUCGCCGUCGACAACAUCGCGGAGGGGUGCCAGCAACUGGGUCUCAAGGUCGUUCGCGUCGGCCGGCCCGAGAAGGUGAAUUCCAGUUUAGAGGAGGCCACAUUGGAGCAUAUGCUUAAGAGGCGCAGGGACGAGGCUGACAAGGGGUCCGCGAAGGGCGGCAACGAGAAGACGGACAAGCAGCGACGGCUCGAGAGCUUCGAGGCCAAGAUGGAGAUCCUGAAGAGCGCCGACGUUGUCUGCACGACCACAGUCGCGAGCGGGGGCGAUUUCUUGCACCUCCUCAAGUUCGGUGCCAUCUUGAUCGAUGAGGUUGCUCAGGCCACGGAGCUCUCGGCCAUCGUGCCCGUUGCGCUGCGCGGUUCGGAGCGGCUCGUGCUCGUCGGGGACCACUGCCAGCUGCCGCCCAGCGUGUGCUCGAUGGAGGCCGAGACCCGGGGCCUCUCGCUGUCCGUGUUCGGCCGCCUCGUCGCGCAGGGCCUGCAGCCCCACUUCCUCGACACGCAGUUCCGCAUGCACCCGCGGAUCGCAGACUUCAGCGCGCGCGAGUUCUACCACGGGCGGCUGAAGACCGGCGUGGAGCCCCACGAGCGGCCGCCGCCCAGCGGCUUCGCGUGGCCGGAGGCGGCCUCGGGCAUCGCCUUCCUGCACGUGCCGGGCCCCGAGCGGCGCGACGGGGAGUCGCGGGCCAACGCCGGCGAGGUGGACGCCGUGGCAGACGUCCUCGCAGGCGUGCUGGCCGCCGGGGAGCUGUCGGUGCUGGAGGUGGGCAUCGUCUCGCCCUACGCGGCGCAGGUGCGCCAGCUCCGCCAGAAGCUGCGCCGGGAGCUGCCCGCCCGGCUGGAGGGCACGGGCGUCGAUCUCACCGGCGGCCUCGAGGGCAGGCGGGGCGCCCAGGCCCUGGAGAUAGCGAGCGUGGACGCCUUCCAGGGCCGCGAGAAGGAGCUCAUCAUCUUCAGCGCCGUGCGCAGCAACCGUCAGGGAAACGUGGGCUUCUUGGCGGACUGGCGGCGGCUCAACGUGACCAUCACGCGUGCUCGCCGAGGUCUCAUCGUCGUGGGCGACACCGCGACCCUGCGCGGCAACGCCACGUGGGCGAGGUGGCUGGACUGGGCGCAGGAGCUCGGCCUCGUCGUGGGUGCGCCAGGCGGCGGCGGCGGCGGCGGCUGGGCCCUCCCCUCGGCGCCGCCUCCGCAGCAGCGGUGGCCCACCCCGCCCAGCCCAGCGCCCUCGCAGGGGGCGUGGCCGCAGCGGAACUCUGGCAGCGCGGGCGCCCGUGAGGAGGCGGCGGGGGCUGCCGGCGGCCAGGGGGGCGGCUCGUGGGACGCAGCGGAGGAAGAGUGGCCGGCAGGCGCGGGCGGGGUCGGCGGCGGCCUCCCAGCGGCUGCUGCUCCGUGGCCGCCUGGGCGCAUGGCCGCCGGCGCUCCGUCGGCAGGCGGCCGGCCGCCGCACCCGAGGCCGAGGCCGAGCGGUGGCGCGGCCCCGCGGCCCACGGCCUCGCUGGCAGGGCAGUGGUCCGGCAAGGGCGGUUGGGCGCCGCGGCCGCGCGCGGCUGGCGAGCCUGGCGCCAUUCGAGGGUUGCCGGAGGAGCCAAGGGCACUCGAGCACCUCUAUGGCCGCCCAACCAGCCCGCUCUCAGUGCAGGCAAAGGGGUCCUGCACAUGCAGCCGAGGCCCAAGUUCGGGGGCAAGGGGGGCAAGGCUGCACUGCCAGCAGGCAAGGGCAACCCGACUUCCAUGAGCGCAGCGUUCGGGGCAGUCCAUGGCAGCAUUGCAGCGUCGAUGGCGUCGCAGCCGCCUCGGGGCCCUACGUCGGUUGGACGCCCGCUUCUCCAUGGCAAGGGCACCCUGCCCUCCAGCGCGCCGUCCAGGCACUCAUGGUAGCAGAAGCAAGUGGCAGACCUGUACGGCUGGUCAAGUCUUCUUGUGUUAGGCCAGCCUGCGUUCCGGCCCUGCCCCUCGCCGUCGUGACCAUAGGUUGCUGCGCGCUCUCCGCCAUGUUGCUGGAGGCCGUCAGGACAGGCUCGACCUAAAACUGAUCCGGCGCUGCUCGUUCCAUGUCUCCCUGCGCAGCGAGCGUUGUGAGAGUUCAGGGGCCGUGUUAGCUCCGACUCGUGCUUCGUCGGGCGUGAGGUCGCGCGCACAGUGCCGUGCAGUGAUGAAGUGCAGCAACACGGG